AUGUGGGGUGCAGGAUUGCGACUCCCUGAGCCUCAGAGGUGGAAAGCGGCUGUCUUCCUUAUCCAAAUCCGACAUGCUCUGAGCCUCAUACUCGUACGAACUCCUUUCUUACUUCUGCAAAUCUCCCGUUUGCAAAUCUCCUUUGGCAAAUCUUCCUUCGGCAAAUCUUCCUUCAAAUUUAACUCUCGACUACGUGUCGACAGAUUUUUGGGACUAAUGGCUGGGCUAAGCAAGGAAAAUGAGAACUACAAACGGUUUUUCAUUUCUCAAACAGUCCCGAGCUUCAUGAUCGCAAUGAGACACUCCUUUCUAUUUCCGCCUUUGCUCCUUGGGAGUCUGACUCUGCCAUGUUUGGCUCGGGGUGUUCAGAAUUCACAACCUCCAGGUAUCGAGGGCAUCAAUGACCCGAAUAUGACGGGAAAGCUCAUCGACUAUUGGGCUGACUAUGCAUGUUUUUCGCUCAGCGAUAAUAGCGAACCGAACGUCAAAGAGCAAUGCAAAGAGGCUUGUUUCCCUGGUGGCAUUACCUCCGAUGUGCCCCCCGGUGAAAUUGUCCAAAGUUCGCAGACAUGCUGGCUCAAUGGCCCAGAGUCUGAUUACCGCACUGGAGCGCCACUCACGGAGCAGCAAAAGAACGAGAAUCCUAGAAAAGGUGAGCAUUACCCCGAUAAGUGCAUCUUGCCUUGGCUAAUGGUAGUAUCAGUGAAAACCAUCACAACCGGUUAUUGCAUUUGUGAUGAUCCAAUCAUCAAAUUCCUAGGUGACUUCUUCAUUAGAUCUAUUAUCGAGAUGGGCAAAAUUCUUGAAAAGCUCAUAGAUAGGGUCUGCUGCAAUACCUGGAGUUGGCAAGGCUAUUACCGUUGGAAUGAAACAGGAACCGGAGUCAAAACGGCAAAAAUGUUCAGAUAUGCCUAUGACGCUCAAGAUGCUGCAAUGGAGUGGGCAAGCCUGUUUGUGGACCAAGGCUUUGGUUUGGCUAGUGCAGCAGGCUGCAAGACGCCUUUCUCGUUCUCCAAGGCAGACCUCGCGAAAAGGUUCUUGGAUUUCGCAGGUGCUCCUGAUGAGCUUGUCCCAGGAAUCAAUUACGACGAGAUGCCCUGCCCAAAGGGAAAGAAGGCGUCCAAGAAGUGCAAAGAGAAGAAUGGUGAAAAUGACAACAAUAACGCUCCAUCGAGAACUAGAGACAACAACCAACCAACUAAGACUAGCCAGCGACCCUCGACAACAACAACCGAUGCAGGACCUACGGCAAAGGCUGAUUGCGCGGCGAUCGGUAGGAAUGAUAUGGUGGCUUUGCUCGAAAUUACCCCUGACGUGGAGGAAGGAUUGGUAGGGAAACGAGCCGUGGGAACUACACUCCAGAAUCGUCGUCUCGAAGCACGGACUUUCAGGCCAAAAAAGGGUGACGCUUGCGUAGGGUCUAGAAAAACGACAGUGGAGAGCAAAAAAUAUCCCAGUGCUGGAGAGAAUGUCAUGAAAAAUGCGCUUGCUUAUGGAUUCAACAUAAUCGAUGACUGCAGCGACUACGGUUGGGGUGAACAAAAAGCUAUCGGUACCAGCGACUAUGACACAGAACAUGUUCUCGAAUGGUCGAUGGUGAGAUCUCUGGAACAAUACUCCUGGUUGACUUCAGCUAAUUUAAUCUCCAUUUUGCAGGUACAGAAUUUCUUCAGUACUAUGAAUGAUCAUGCCGAUUUUAAGGCUGGAUUCGAAAAUCCUGACCCUGACAACAAAGAAGAGCCCAAAGACCCAGCCCAUCCGGAAGGCGAGAAAGUAAAGAAGAAGGUUGACUUCUGCAAGUACUGGGGUGUAAGUCAAUUCCGCGGUGCAACUACGAGAUUGGGGCAUUUGCUGAUUAUGUCGAAUCCUGAUCCUACCGCCCCAGCUCCAGUUCCGGGUAAAGCCCCGGUACAGCAGACCCCUCUUCAGUGGUUUGCGGAAGCAUAUCCCUUUAUUGAUGGAAGCGGUGCAAAUGCGAGGAAAGCGCACGUGCAAGAGUUAAUCCUGCUGCAAAAGAGAAUCAACCAACAUCCGAAGAAUAAUAUGUUCUCAAUUAAACCCGAUCAGCAAAUCUACGAUAGAAAUGAUAUGGACGAUCUCAUCAAACGAAAAAGCACUAAGAAGAGAUCGAAAGGUGCCAAGAAGGGACAGCUGACGUUUGGUGAGCCUCAUGAGCAACCAAGGACCGCUAUCCAAAGAAUGAGGGCUGUAGUUGGUGCAUACCUAUACAUGAAAGAGAAAAAGGUCGACGAGAUCUUUGUUGCCCAGGUGGAUCGCAUUGGUGCUCAGCUGGAAUACAUCGAGAACGCGCUCGCGAAAAACCCUAAGACCGUGGAGAGGGAAGGCGAGAUGGAUGGCCAGGGUCAAAUUGAGACAAGGAUUGUAACUUUCGACAAAUGGGUGCCACAGAAGCUUAAAGAGAAAUGGUUCGCAUACAUGGAUAACGUCUAUGCAAACGCAAACAAGAAAGGACAAGAUUUUAUGAAGGACAACCUUAAAAGACUGAACGACGAGUAUAACGAUAAGAAGUUGAUUAAACAAGCGGAUGUUGACAGGGAGAAAAAUAAGGAGAGGCAAAACGAGUUGAAACUGGAGAAGAAGCUACGAGAGGACAUGAAGGAUUACAUCCCUAAGCUUGAGGCCCAGUGGGCUAAAGCAAAGAAUUGGCCCAAGCCGAAACGAGGAGGCCACCUUAGUGAAUGGGGAAUCGAGCUUAAGGUGAGGAUCGAAAGGGCGAGUUUUUUGUCACUAAAUGGACGAGAACCAACUACCAACUCUGAAGCCAUGGUCGGUUCAAAGGUAGGCACUUGGAGGGAGUUACGAACGAACCACGUCGAUCUUAAUACAACCUAUCUGAAGGGUCUCCGUAUCGGCCCCGACCCUGAUCCUACCCUGGCCCCGACUCUGCCCUGCCCCCUGCUGUUACCCCUAUUCCCCAAAAGUUCAAAAGUGAAAAGCGAAAAAUCCAUUAACUUUUGGCGAAUUGAGGAAGACCGGAGCUGCGGCGACUGA